GGAUUUUGUGACCAAACAUGAGGAGACAGGAACAGCCGCUGGACCGACCAGCAACAGGCUACCUGCCUGUGUCACUCUUUAACCAGAGGAAGAGAAACAGAAUUCCUCUGAAAUCUGUUCCUGGUGAAAAUGAGUUCUUUUCCCCAAGUGAAUACAUGGCCAGUACCAGUUCAGCUGCUAGUGUAGGUCCCUCAGCUACGUAUGAAUGUUACCAGGCCUCAGAUUCUUCUCCUACUGGUCCUCAAAGCCAUCAGUGGAACAGAAAAGGUGUCCCAGAGUCUGCUAAACCCCAGCAGUAUGGCAACAGACCUGCUCCUGGACCGUCUACAAUGAGAACCUAUGCACCCAUAGCACAUCCAUACAAAGCUGAGACUAAGAGCUCCAUGACGGGCCAGUCCAGCAAUCCAGCCGGACAAUGGGUUUCGAGCUCCGGUGUUAGUCCCAGACAUAGCCAAAUUCAACAUCCCUAUGGCAACAAGAACACCCAAAGCAAGCCAGCACAGCAUGCAGGGUUCUCUCAGACGGCCCAGCAGUCGUCCAACAAACAAACCUUCCCUGCACGUCAGUUUUCCCAUCAGUCCAGACCUCUUCCUCCUCCUGAAGCUCCUCCACCCAGCACGCUGGGUGGAGGCCCAGCUGCACAGCAACCUAACAAGUCCUGGAAAUUUACUAACAGCUUUGAGCAUCAAAAAUCAAACUUUAUUGCAAAAAAAAGUUCGAAUCAACCUCCAACAGCUAAACCAACCAAAAAUGAGAAGGAAAGUGUUCCAGCGAAGCAGCCUAUGGAAAACUCCCUGAGGAUCCUGACCACAGUUAUUAAUGGAAUGAGACACUGGAGCCAGUUUAAAGAUAAAAUUCCUUUCUUAUUCGAGAUAUUUGCCACUCUGGACUCUGCAGUCACUUUGGGGCGCUACGGAGCCAAGAGCUUUCUACUGAGAGACGGGAAGGAUGUGCUGCAGUGUGUCUUCUAUGAAAAUGAGCAGCUGCUGCCGCGCCUCAUUCGAGGUCAGAUCCAUCGCUGCGUCGGCAACUACGACCGCAGCAGAGACGUCCUGAUAUGCGUGUCUGUUCGAGCCGGUCAGCCGUCAGAGCAGAGGAACGCUCUGGAAGCUGUCAAAGUGUCGGAUGCAGAAAUGAGAACGCUGGUCAAGACACUCAGCGAAGUUUGAGCACAAAAUGGUACAAAAUACUGUUUGUCCAGCUUCUUGUGCAGAUAUCUUACUACACUUGAAAUAAGAUGAAACUAGCUUACAAGUAGCUUUUCAGCAAGA